UUUCGUUCAAUACUUCAAUAUUAAUUUAAUCUCUCUGUCUUUUUGUGGUUACGAUAAAGUCUCAAUAAAAGAAAUGGCAUCAAUGACGAAGGGGUUGUUGCAGAGUCCUGAAUUGCAUGAGGUACUCAUUGUUCUUCUGCAUAUUUCCCAUCUAUUUCAUUUCUUUUCUUAACUUAUUAGUUAUAUAUAUAUAUAUAUAUAUAUCAUCCAUUUUUCUGCUAAGUAUCUUCUGGAGACUUCUGUGUAUCCACGUGAAUCAGAGCUUCUCAAAGAGCUGAGGGCUAUAACUGCAAAUCAUCCACGGUGCAAUAUGGCAACUGCACCAGAAGCUGGCCAAUUGAUAGCCCUGCUUUUGAAUGUGGGAAAUGCUAAAAGGACUAUUGAAAUUGGAGUGUUCACUGGAUACUCUUUGCUCCUUACUGCGCUUACAAUUCCUGAUGAUGGAAAGAUUACAGCUAUAGACUUGAAUCGGGAUGCAUACGAGAUGGGUUUGCCAAUUAUCAAAAAGGCUGGAAUUGAGCACAAAAUCAAUUUCAUACAAUCGCCGGCUUUAUCAGCUCUUGGUGAACUCUUGGAAGAUCAAAGCAACAGAGGAAGUUUCGACUUUGCUUUUGUCGAUGCAGACAAAUGUAGUUAUCAAAAAUACCAUGAGAGACUGUUGCAGCUAGUGAAGGUUGGUGGCAUAAUAGUGUAUGAUAACACACUUUGGUUUGGAACAGUUGCUAUGCCAGAGGAGUCUGUUCCAGAAGCUCGAACACCAGACAGACAUCACAUUAUCGAACUUAACAAGUUUUUAGCAGCUGAUUCUCGCAUUCAAAUUUCUCAAGUCCCUUUGGGUGAUGGAAUCACUAUUUGCAGGAUACUGUGAAGUUAAUGGCGAUUGAUGAGAAGAUAAUCUAUUAGGAAGAUUUUCCUUCUUUGUUUUUUCUUGAAACUAUUUGUAGUUAAAAAAGGUCUGCCUUCGAUAAGAUUUGAUGAAAAUACUUUCUUUGCUAGCUGUUGUUGCACUUUUUUUUCCCACACAGUAUUCGGUAUUUACACAUUUGUUGGGCACAUGCCCAUGUUGUCCAGCCAA